AGGAGGGGAAAAAAUUGGGCCGAAGUUCACCAAAGCCCAAAACCCAUUUUCAUGUCGACUUGUUCAUCGGCCUCAGUUGCAGAAUUAGGGCAACGCGUUUCAUGGAACGGCCGUGAACGAACUCCAUCGUCAGAAGAUCAGAGCCGGGCGAAGAUCAGCACUUUUUUGGUGGUGGAUCCAGCUGCAGCUCCAUCGUCAUCGUCAGUCGACUGGACUCAAUUCCAAGGCUGCUCUCCAACGUGCAGUUAAGACUGAUUUAACUGACUGGCUCAGGUGGACUGUGAAUUCUCAGUUUGGCCGAUAACAUGCCAAGAAUCAACACUGGGUUUUCCUUGAGAUGGAAAGUGUGGGGAAGAAUGUAUAGUUCAAGUGAAUCAGUAAGAGACAUUUCAGAAUCAUUGAGAAAGAUAAGUAAAAUUAUGAUGUCCACACCAGCAUUGGCCCUUGAUACUGCCCUUGACCAAAGUGGCAUCAGGGUGUCCCCGGAUAUAGUGGAGGAUGUCCUUAAGAGAUUCGAAAAUGCAGGUAUGUUGGCUUAUAGAUUCUUUGAAUGGGCUGGGAGGCAAAGAAAUUACUCGCACAGUGUUAGGGCUUACCAUAUCAUGAUCAAGUCUCUGGCCAAGAUCAGGCAGUAUCAAAUUGUGUGGGAUGUUGUGAAUGCCAUGAGGAAUAAGAGCAUGUUGAAUGUUGAGACGUUUUGCAUCAUCAUGCGAAAGUAUGCCAGGGCCCAGAAAGUGGAUGAGUCGGUAUAUACAUUUAAUGUCAUGGAAAAGUAUGACAUGCCUCCAAAUCUAGCCACAUUCAAUGGCCUCCUAAGUGCUUUGUGUAAGGCCAAGAAUGUGAGGAAGGCUCAAAAGAUCUUUGAUAGUAUGAAACAGCAAUAUGUUCCAGACUCAAAGACGUACAGUAUAUUGCUAGAAGGAUGGGGAAAGGCUCCAAAUCUGCCCAAGGUGAGAGAGACCUUCCGUGAAAUGGUUAGCGCAGGCUGCGACCCUGAUAUAGUGACGCACGGAAUUAUGGUCGACAUACUUUGCAAGGCCGGGAGAGUCGAUGAAGCUGUUGGAAUUGUCAAGGAAAUGGAUUCCACUGCCUGUCAGCCAACAUCUUUCAUUUAUAGUGUUCUUCUGCAUACCUAUGGGAUAGAAAAUCGGAUUGAAGAUGCUGUCGGGACAUUCCUAGAAAUGGAAAGGAAUGGAAUUGAGGCUGACGUGGUAGCAUACAAUUCCCUGAUUAGCGCCUUUUGCAAAGUUAACAAAUUUAAAAAUGUGAAAAGGGUGUUGAGUGAGAUGGAGAGCAGGGGAGUUAAUCCCAAUUCAAGGACCUGCAAUAUUAUCUUAACAAAUUUGAUUAAUAGUGGGGAAACCGAUGAAGCUUACAGCUUCUUCCGGAGAUUGAUCAAGGUUUGUGAGCCUGAUGCAGAUACCUAUACGAUGAUGAUAAAGAUGUUGUGCUGGAGGGAUGAACUGGAGAUGGCUCUUAAGGUGUGGAAGUAUAAGAACUCAAAGCGAUUCAUACCAAGUAUGCACACUUACUCAGCACUCAUAAUUGGCUUAUGCGAGAAGGGUAAUUCACCAAGGGCAUGUGUCUUAUUGGAAGAGAUGAUGGAGAAAGGGAUCCACCCAUCACGUAUGACUUUUGGGAGGGUAAGGCAAUUGCUUAUAAUGGAAGGAAGAGAGGAUGUGUUGAAAUUUCUUCAAGAGAAAAUGAACCUUUUGGUUAAAGAGCCAUUAUGUGAUUGAAGCUAUGCAUAAAGACUAAGGAGCUUUCUGCUACAAGUUAUGAACUUGAUUUUGUUAGAUUCAGGCAUUAGGACAUAAUAUUCAGUUUGACAGCAGUGCUCUGUUUGGUUAAGAUGUUGGGCUGUCACCGCAGGUGAGUACUUUUUCUUGUUUGUUCAUAAAUUAUAGGCUGCAGAUCUCAUCGUACCAUUGGAAGAAGGCCAAUGGAGGUCACCAAACAAAGCACUGCCAAGUUCAGGGAUCAUUAUGAGAUUAGAGUCAGAAAGAAGAUUUUCUUGACGACAAUGAUUGUGAGAGACCAAGAAUACAAGCUUAGCGAACUUGUCGUUAGAGAAUGAAUCAGAGGUGUCCAGAGGAUAUAUGGCAACAAGAAGAGAAACACGCAGCAGAUUUUGGUGGGUCUCUUGGCCAGUGACAGGAUUGGCUGUGCAAAUGGUUACUUGCGGAAAAAAGGGUGAAUGGUUUCGUAAUUCCUAUGCACAAAGUCUGCAAAUUCACACUAUACUAAAGAUCCAUUCGACCAAAAAAAAAAAAACACUAUACUAAAGAUCUGGCAAAUCAGUCUUUGUCUAACUUCAUCACAGGAAUUCAUGAACUUGUCAUCGAAGCGUUGCAUGGAAGAAGGAGAAGUAGAAAUUAGACUCUGUGGAAAUUGGAAAUUUUUGUGACCGUACAUGCCAGAUCAAGAAAAUAACCCUUGUCGGCUGCUAAAGCUUUGUGUUGGCAACCAUUGCCUUCUCUUGGGGCUAUUCACCUUUGGAGGACCAAUCCCAAAGGUCCUCAAAGAGUUCCUCUGUGGAGGCACAAGAGUCGUCGGGCUUGGGAUCAACAAAAUGGCAGAGAAGCUCGAGAGAAACUGCGGGUUUUUGAUACCACAGAAGUGGAGCUAAGGAUAUUGGCAUUGGAGGGCAGGGCUUGCGAAGGAAAAGAUCUCGGCAGGUGCAAUUUGGAAGCCAUGACCAGAGCGGUACUAAAAGGCAAAGCGGACGUCUUGAGACCAUCGGGGAUGGCAUGAUUUAAGGAUGAUAUCUGUUGUGAGUAAUCAGACGACUCGAUCCAGUAUGCAAGCAUCGAAUCUGCAGAGGAUCGGCACCAAGCUGUUAGGGAACAGGAAAUAGUUCGAUCAAAUCAAUCAAUCUCAUAUUUUGUCGGUGUUCACAUAUGUAGACUCUGGUUGAUUUAGUGCUCAUCUGGAAACAUAAUUUUUGAUCUAAGGUAACAAAGAUCCACGGACCUGGCAGGUCCUUAAAAGGCUCAAGGGUCCUUCAGACAGACGGGAGAUCCGCCUUGGGGUGGGAGACCUCGCUUGGCUGUGGCCCGUAUUCCCUACUAAACCGGGAAGAAAAAUAUCGGUUUAGCUACAGGAGGAGUCAGGUGCCGUGUCCCUGAGGCAUUGUUUCGGGUGAGCCCAAGCAGCCUGCCACCUCUCCUUAGGACGUGGACAGGUGUUGGUAGACCUGGCUGGGGAGGCUGCUUACCUAGGUGAACCUUUAAACCUAGCUUAGGUAGGUAAUGAAGCCAUGGUGCGCCCUGGUUCAAAGGUUUAAAGGUCUAAAGGUUCAUAUGUUGUCGGUGUUCACAUAUGUAGACUGUGGUUGAUUUAGUGCUCAUCUGGAAACAUAUUUUUUGAUCUAAGGUAACAAAGAUCCUGCGUGGUGGAUUUUUUU